AUGAAGUGCCCUGCGGCCAAAAAAUCGUGGUGGGGCAAACGGCGCAUCAUACAGCACGUGCGGCGAAAGGAUUUUACCUUUAAGGGGGUCAUUGCAUUGCUCACUAAGAGAGCCCAAAGCGAUGAGUAUCCUCUGGGUAUAGCAUUCUCCUCGAAAGGUGUGCGCACGGUGCUCAUGACGCGCGCCUCACAGGCACUGGUAGUGGUAGUGGACGAUUGGAUCAUGCGACAAGACAAUGCAACGUCGUGCAAGUACAAUGCCGAACGGGAGCCCGACGAUUCUUCCAGCAGAUGCAAUUGGAAGGUCUUGCAGCAUGUUUGGCCGACAUUCCGAUUUGGAACGGAGCUGGGGACAUUUCUUGCUGCAACAGAUGCAUUCGGGGGCCCGGGUACUUCAGACUCCGGCAAACAUCCGGUCACAGGCGGCGUCAGAGACCACGAUGUCAGGCAUUGGCAGGUUCGCGAUGCACCGGGAUGUUUGCAGCGACUGGAGGUCAGCGAUAUCCUCGGCAGUGCAGAGGCGAAGCGUGAUUUCGAUGCCCCUGUUUCAAAUUUUCGCUUCGCUGGAAUCGCCCAGAAAAAGGAAAGCGACGAAACGGUCUGCUUAAAAGAUCUUCUGAAUCGUGUCAAAAUUCAAGAACUCUUCCAACGUAUCCGACAAAGUGGCUCGCAGAUCGUGGAGGAGGCAAAGAACCCUGAAGGGGAUCUUCCCGACGCACUAUGA